AUGGGGUUUGUCCCGCUACGCAACCGCUUGACUGAGAAACAAGCCCCUUCAUCUAUGGUCACAUCAGAAUCUCCUGCCAUUACAUCUUCUGCUCCACGCUUUCUUCCAACGACAAACGAUGAUUUCUCCCAGGCCACAAAAGCCUUAUACGAAAGGGAAGUGGCACGAGGAGUUAGCGAAAAUGAGGAGAUAUUUGCUGGAGAAGAGACUAUCAGCACAUCUAAACCGAGUUGGGCGAAUAAGUAUAGGCCACGAAAGCCACGAUACUUCAACCGUGUGCAGAUGGGAUAUGAAUGGAACAAAUAUAACCAAACCCAUUAUGACUAUGAUGACCCUCCCCCAAAAGUUGUGCAGGGGUACAAAUUCAACAUCUUCUAUCCGGAUCUUAUUGACAAGGCAAAAGCCCCCACCUAUCGCAUCGAAAGAGAACAUGGUAGGAAACGAGGGCAGUCUUUUGCUCCCGCCGGAGAAGAAGACACAUGUCUACUCCGCUUCAUUGCCGGUCCACCUUAUGAAGAUUUGGCCUUCCGUAUCGUAGACAAGGAGUGGGACUACAGUGCAAAGCGAGAACGUGGGUUUAGGAGCACGUUUGAUAAAGGCAUUUUGCAACUUCAUUUCCAAUUUAAGAAGAUAUACUAUCGUAAAUGA